UUUUCCGUUCUGAACUGCGUUCAGCCGUGUGAUUGAGCCACCUAAGCCAAUUCAUCUGCACGCUCCAAAACGGAGCGUAAAAGUUUCUUCGAACUUUCGGUAAUUCCUAAGCUGAGCAAGGGCGGAGCACAUGCGCGACCGGCUUCGUUUUGUCUUCCCCCCCUCCGCCCACUGUAACUGUACGCAACGUUGGCCUUUUUUCUGGAGAGUAUAUAAAUAUUGCUUCUUUGUUCGAAUAUACCCCCUCUUUUUUAGUUCCUUUAAUGGCCUCUCUCCCCUCACCAAUUUCUGUAUCCAAAUCUCCUCGCUCUUUUAGCUCGCGUUUUUCAUUUCCUAUCCCUCUCUUUGUUCUAUAGCCGUCAUGCGAUCUCUGUAUCAUCAUCAUCAUCUCUCUUUUUCCGUCUUCUUUCGAUAUCGGAAGCGCUUAUCUUCUUCUACUGCUAAUCUGUUUCACGGUUUCAAGUUAAAUAUAUCAGAUGUUGGAAAGUGUGAGUAUCGAUUACAAAAUAGGAUUGCUCGAGUUAGAGCCUUUGAUGAGGAUUUAUCUGACAUAUCGCUAAUUGAUGACUGGGGCCUCGAUGAGGGUACUGCUGCGUACUUGAUAUCAUCCAGCGAUGGGGAAGAUAGUGAUGGCGAUUUUGUCUUAAACCCAGUUUCUGAUGUUGAUUUGCCUUCUUCUAGUGGAUCAACAAAUGAUGCACUCACAGUUACAGCUCACAGAUUCGCUUUGAUUGGAAAGGGGCACAAAAAGCAUAGGAUAAGAGCUGGGAUUCUAAAUAAUCUGGGAUUGAUUGUCUUCCUGUUGUUGCUGCUUUUAUUUGUGGAUUGGUGUGCAUGGAAAAUUGUCAGACUACCCCUUUCUCCAUUUUAUUUGUCCCAACCAUUUUUUAUAUCAACAGCUUUAGUUUCCAUUGCGGGUUAUCUUUUUGUUCCAUUUCUCAAUGCACUGAAGAUUCGUCGGAAUGUAAGGAAAAAAGCACCAGUUAGGCACUUCAAGAAAAGGGCAACUCCAACAAUGGGUGGUUUAUUUGUUAUACCAAUUGGCGUAGGUGUUGCAAAAUUCACAGCUGGUUUUUCUUCCAUUGAAGUUUCUGGAGCAACAGUAGCAACACUAGCAUUUGCAUCCAUUGGUCUGCUAGAUGACAUUUUAAGCUUUGCUAAGAAUAAUAACCAUGGUCUAUCUUCACAGAUAAAAUUAUUCUUGGAGGUAGCUGUUGGGACCUUGUUUGCUUUUUGGUUGGACACUGCAAGUAUAUCAUCACCCUACAGCAUGAAAUUUUUGAUUCCUUUGCCUGCACCACUGGGUCUUGUGUGCCUUGGGAAAUGUUACUUAUUGUUGACUUCAUUUUGUUUUGUUUCCAUGGGAAGUGGAGUCGACUUAACAGAUGGGCUUGAUGGGCUAGCUGGUGGGACUGCUGCAGUGGCUUUUGUAGCAAUGUCGAUUGCAGUGCUACCAAUAUGUUCAGGAGUGGCAAGUAAUACUGUCCUUUCAGUUGUCAGAACUUGCUAUUUUUGGAGCAUCAAUGGCUGGCGCCUGUGUUGGCUUUCUGUUGCACAACCGAUACAGAGCAUCUAUAUUUAUGGGAGAUACAGGAUCCCUGGCAUUGGGUGGAGGAUUAGCUGCAAUGGCUGCUUGUACUGGAAUGUUCUUUCCAUUAUUUAUUUCAUCAGGAUUCUUUGUCCUGGAAACAUCAUCUGUUAUUAUGCAGGUAGCAUACUUCAAGGCAACCAGGUGGUUGAGGGGAUCUGGGCGCCGCUUGUUUCGGAUGGCACCUUUUCAUCAUCACCUAGAAUUAUGUGGGUUUGAAGAGCCAACCAUUGUUGCUGGUGCAUACUUUUUGUCGUGCCUGUUGGCUUUAGUUGCUGGGUAUGUCGGUUUGAUAUCGGUUUAGAUUCUGAUAGCGAUUUUGCUCCUCUCCAACUGAGAUUUUUAGUAUGAAAAAAAAAAAAAACCUGAGAUUUUUAUUUUCUUCCUUUUUUUUUUAAAUUACAAUUGAUAUUUUAUUGGUUAAUUGGUUUUAGGUUCUUGUAAUCUUAUUUAAAGAAGAGGUGUUAGGAAGUAACGAAUUUCAUAUAAAGAUUUGAGUUCAUGUUUGUUAUUUGCUUCUUGUGGUGAGUAGCAAGCUGUGAUUUUGGUUUA